AUGUAUGUUUUGGCCUGGGAUGAGCGCAGAGAUGAAGGAGUUUAUAGGUCGUGCGAGACAUGUCGAAGGUAUGAGACCAGACAACAGAAAGAAACGCUGAUGAGCCACGAGAUAACAGAGCGACCAUGGGAAAAAGUUGGCGCAGAUAUCUUUACCAUUGGUGAUAACAACUACCUCGUGUUGGUAGAUUACUACUCAAAUUUCUGGGAAAUCAACCGUCUCGAAGAUACCAAAACCAGCGCAUGUAUCAGAAAGAUAAAAGGUCAUUUUGCCAGGAAUGGAAUUCCGGAUAUCUUUGUCAGCGAUAGUGGUAGCCAGUUUGUCUCUGAGAGAUUUGGAAACUUUGCAAAAUUGUGGGGUUUCGAACAUCGUGUGAGCAGCCCCGGACACCAGCAAGUCAAUGGAAAGGCAGAAUCUGCUGUAAAAUCUGCAAAGAAGCUUAUACGUAAAGUGGUUGAAACUGGAAAUGAUCCGUACCUGGCGAUUUUGGCACAUAGAAAUACACCCACUGAAGAAAUGGAGUCCAGCUCAGCCCAAAGACUACUCGGUAGACGAUGCAAAACCCUUCUGCCGACCACUACUGAAUUACUCAGGCCGGAGAGUAUUCCAAAUACUGUACAAAGAUUAUGA